AGCCACCAGUAGACCAAUACAAAAUGAUGAUUCUGUUUUAUGUACUUUUCAUUAUUACAAAUGGAUAUUGUGCGAAUGAAUAUCAUUUCACGACAAAGACGGUUCCUGUUGGAGAAGAUGUUAAACUAACGUGCGCUCGCCAGACGAAUGUUCUCUACAGAGAGAACUUAUUUUGGAUCAGGAUUGUUUCUGGGAAAAAGCCUGAACUUCUGGGAGGAACAAUGAACUUUGACUUUGACGAUGAAAUCAGGAAAUCUCACAUUACAGCAAAGCAAGAACCUGGGUCCUUUGUUCUGGAAAUAAAUGGAGCCAUGGAAAGUGAUGAUGGUGUUUAUUACUGCAUUAAAGUUCAAAACCUGGAUUUGACAUUUUUGACUGGAACAUUUCUGAGUGUCAAAGGCAGAGAACCACACAUUGUUGCUGUCACUGAGAGGUUUUUAUCUGAUCAAGUCUAUCCAGAAGACCCCAUCACUCUAGAGUGUUCAGUCCUCUCCAGCUCUGACCAUGAAACCUGUGCAGCAGAACAGAGAGUGUUCUGGUUCAAAACCCAAUCAAACAAAUCUCAUCCUCAUGUUAUUUAUGCUCAUGGAAACAGUUCUGAUGAAUGUUUGAGGACUCCUGAAGCUCCCUCUGUGCAGAAAUGUGUCUACAGCUUUAACAAGAAUUUCAUCUCCUCUGAUGCUGGGACUUACUACUGUGCUGUGGCUGCAUGUGGAGAGAUCUUUUAUGGAAAUGGAACAACACUGACCGAACCCCAGAUGUGGGAUUUACAAACAGCCAACACUGUUCUCCUUGUCUUGUUUGCCACUUUCUCUGCCAGCAUAUUUGUUAUAAUUUUCUUACUUUAUAAAAUAAAAAAGAAGUCAGGCAGUUCUUGCAACGAUAUCUUACACUCCUUAGAUGACCAAAAUCAUCAAAAGAGUAAAAAUGAUUCACUGACAUAUUCAGCUGCAACCUUCACGAAGAGGGAAGCUGGUAGAUUUGCAACAUCCCAGGAGGCCCUUUAAUUCUGAUUUAAUAUAUUUAUGAUAGAUUAUAUAUGACUUGAAUAUUAAAAGAAGAUAUGUGCUCUAUGUUCUAAAUCUCUGUGAACGAUUAAGUGUUAGAUUGUUACCUUGAGUUAAAUUUAAAAUAAAGAGAUAACUGAUCUAAGUAUAA